CACCAACUGAUCAUCUCUUCAAUGGCAAUCCAAGUACUCUUUGUCAUCUUAAAUCUAUGCUUCCUUCUGCUGCUUCUGCCUACAACAAUUCACACUGAAUCUGACCACAAUCGAAAGGUAUUCGUGGUGUAUAUGGGCCACAACACUCUAGACGAUGCAGCUUCCUCCUCCCUUCACUUGAGCAUGCUACAACAAGUUAUUGGCAGGGAUGCAAGGAAGCACAUGCUCCAAAGAUACACUAAAAGCUUCCACGGAUUUUCUGCAAGACUUACCGAAGAGGAGGCUAAGAAACUGUCAGGGAUGGAGGGGGUUGUUUCUGUGUUUCCUAGCAAAUUGAGCCAACUGGAAACAACGAGUUCUUGGGACUUCUUAGGUUUCCCAAUUACAGCAAAAAGAUCAACAACGGAAAGUGAUAUCAUAAUCGGAGUUUUUGACUCGGGCAUAUGGCCUGAAUCAGCCAGUUUAACUGACUUAGGAUAUGGUCCUCCUCCUGCUAAAUGGAAGGGCAUUUGCCAAGGCAAUUUUACUUGCAACAACAAAAUAAUUGGAGCUCGAUACUUCAAGGCAGAUGGAAUAUACGAUUCUACAGAACUCCAAUCACCAAGAGACUCUGAUGGUCAUGGAACACACACUGCAUCCACAGCUGCAGGAAACGUAGUGACAGAUGCCAAUCAUCUUGGCCUCAACACAGGAACAGCUCGAGGGGGUGUGCCCGGAGCCAGGAUCGCAGUAUAUAAGGUGUGCUGGAUAGAGGGCUGUAGUAGUGAGGACAUACUUUCAGCUUUUGACGCUGCCAUUGCUGAUGGUGUUGACAUAAUAAGCGUUUCUGUUGGCUUAAGAGUUGCUGAAGAGCUUUUCACUAAUCCUUUUGCUAUCGGUUCCUUUCAUGCUAUGAAGAAGGGAAUAUUGACUGUACAAUCUGCAAACAAUCAAGGCCCAAUGCCGCAGACCACUGGUAGUAUCGCUCCAUGGAUUCUUUCGGUGGCUGCUAGCACUAAAGAUACAGAUUUGAUGACCCCAGUAAGACUCGGCAAUGGUGUGGUUGUUGAUGGAGUUUCAAUAAAUCCAUUCACACUUGAUGGAAUGUAUCCACUGAUUUAUGCCGGAGAUGUUCCGAAUAUCACGGCUGGUUUUAAUAGUUCAAGAUCAAGGUUUUGCUCUAGGAACUCUUUGGACAAGAACUUAGUGAAAGGGAAAAUAAUAUUAUGUGAUGGGAUAUCGACUGGAGAAACUGAAAUGUUGGCUGGUGCUGUUGGGUCCAUCAUGACAUAUCCAUAUUUUGACACUGUGUUAUCAUAUCCUUUGCCUGUUAGUGUUGUAAACUCGGAACAAGCAGCAACUAUAUCUCGCUACAUACAAUCAACAAGAAAUGCAACUGCUCUAAUAUUGAAGAGUGAAGUUGUCAAGAAUGCGUCUGCUCCAUAUGUUGCCUCUUUCUCCGGAAGAGGUCCAAAUCCAAUACACCAAAACAUCCUCAAGCCAGACCUAACAGCUCCUGGGGUAAGAAUUCUAGCAGCAUGGCCACCUGUGGCUCCAAUUACCGAAGUAGAAGGAGACCGCAGAGCUGUUUCUUUCAAUAUUGUUUCAGGGACUUCAAUGGCAUGCCCACACGUCAGUGGUAUUGCUGCUUAUAUCAAAACCUUUAACCCGACAUGGUCUCCUUCAGCCAUUAAGUCGGCUCUCAUGACAACAGCUUCUGCUAUGAGUGACAAGAUCAAUACAGAUGCUGAAUUUGCAUAUGGAGCUGGCAAUUUGAAUCCAUUGGCGGCUAUAAAACCUGGGCUGGUAUAUGAGGCUGUGGAAGUGGAUUAUCUGAGUUUUUUGUGCCUGGAAGGCUACACCAGCCAACAUAUUAGAAGCCUCACUGGGGACAACAGUAGUAGCUGCUCUCAGCUCAUGGAGCAAACUAAAGAUUUAAACCACCCUACUUUUGUCAUCCCAACACUGCGCAACAGAUUCAUUGAUUCAAGUUUUAAUAGGACUGUCACCAAUGUCGGCUCUGCAACAUCAACAUAUAGAUCUUUCAUAACAAGACCGCUUGUUAGUGGUUUGAGGAUACAGGUUGAGCCCAAUGUUUUACGGUUCGAACAACUUGGGCAAAAGCUGUCUUUUAAGGUGUCUGUGCAGGGAAUUAUAAGGAGGUUAGACAACCCAAUUGUUUCUGGUGCUUUGACAUGGGAUGAUGGAGUGCAUCAAGUGAGGAGCCCCAUCGUUGUGCAUGUUCCAUGA